AUGGCCGUCUUAAGCAUCCUCCUCAGCACCGCAGUCGGAUUCGCCCUGCUAUAUUUAAUUAAGCACGUCUUUUAUAAUAAAAAGCCAAUUGCCCCUCUACCCCCAGGCCCUCCACCGAAGCCGAUCAUUGGUAAUCUCGCAGACCUUCCGUCUCCAGGACAGCAGGACUGGGUCCACUGGUUGAAGCUCAAGGAUACCUAUGGUCCAAUAAGCUCUAUCACCGUGCUGGGCCAGACAAUCGUCAUCAUCAACGAUGCGCGGAUCGCAUUUGAUCUCCUGGAUAAACGGUCCAAUAUAUACUCCUCCCGACCGAGGAUGAUCUUUGCUGGUGAAAUGUAUUCCACUGCUUUCCACUAUUGA